CCAUCCGAUCUUCGUCUCUAAGCUAACCUAACGUUUCGUUGUUCUCGAUCACAAACAGGCACAACCGAUUUUUCGAGAUCCAUCGAAGUUCCCCGAUAUGGCUGAUCCACUCCUCCGAAAGCAAUUCAACGUGACAAGCUUAAACCAAGCCGUCGGAGUAGCCGCCAUGUGUCUGCAGGAGGAGCCCUCGGCUCGUCCCUUGAUAAGCGAUAUUUCGGCUGCCCUAAGUUUUCUGGCAAUGGCCCCACCUGAGGCCCCCAUACCCGCCCGACUCGUACCUAUACUAUCUUCUAGGGUUGAUAACUCAACUCAAUUCGGCUCCAUUAAGGAGAGUACUAGCAAUAAUAGCAAUGUUUCCGGUCGUCACAAUCAAGAAGAUUUUUCCGACAGUGAAGAUGAAGACGGAAAUACGAACCACGGUAAAGACAAAUAUGACGAUAAAUCGAGCUCGGAUUACGAGUACGGCGAUAGUUCGGACGACAAUUCGGAUUACGAGGAGAGAGAAGAAGAUGAUGAUCAAAAGCCAGUUCCGAAACGUGAUCCGUCGAAGAAGUUGGGGUCGAGCUCGAAACGCAAGAGUAGGAAGAAAUCGGUGCGUAUUAAGAGCCGGUCGAAUUCAUCGGCGAAAAGCACAAGGCAAGAUAUUAUUCACGAGUCUCAUCAUAAUUACGAUUCCGGUUCGAGUAGCGAUGAAGAGCAUUGGAAUGAAUCACACACGAAAAGUUUUGGCAUAAAUUCGAGAAGCAAGAGCAAAGGGGAUUCGCACGAUGACAACUGAAAACGAAAAAAAAAAAUCACCAACGAAUAAAAGAACGAGCCCGUAACGAAACGAGAACCGUGUAUCGUGUACAAAGGAGAUGAUGAUCAUGGGAGGUGAACAUUUUUUUUUUUUAAGUUCAUUUUGAUGAAAAUAUACUUUCUUUUUUCUCACCUUGACAGAUCAAGAUU